UCUCCGGGUCGACAUGAUGCUCCGUCGUUUCCCGGACUUUCACAUUCUCGCUGCUCUGUUGGAAUGCAACUGGUCAGGGGUGACGGCUUGCUUGGCGGCCAUCUGUGUUGUGUUAGUGGGAUUGCGACACUUCCUAGCGACAACCACAAAGCAAGAAAAGAAACUGCCACCGGGCCCAGAGGGACUCCCAAUACUCGGCUCCUUGCCUUUCAUACGGAAGCCAUAUCACGUAGCAUUCAAGGAACUGAGUGAAUCGUAUGGACCGAUUAUAAGGCUUCGGCUUGGAUGUAGGGAAGUCGUGGUUCUGAAUGACCUCGAAUCCAUCAGAACGGGACUUUCAAAUGCGGACGUGCUUUAUCGGCCCAAGGAUUUCCUCCUGAGUUACCUCGGAGUCAAAGGCAUUGCAUCACUAAACGGAGAACCAUGGCAAGUGAAUCGGAGGUACUGCUUCCACGUUUUAAGAAACCUGGGAUUCGCAAAGAAGUCUAUGGAGGAACACAUUCAAGAAGAGAUACAAUGCUUUCUCACUUUCGUCGCAUCCGCCAAGGGACAACCCAUGCUAAUCUCGCAGAAGCUGGCUGCCAGUGUGGCCAACAACAUAUCUGCUCUGGUGUUCGGACAGCGAUACGACCUCGAUGAUCCCAGAUGCCAGCACAUUGAAGAGCUGUUGAGCAAAUUUCUCCGCAAUGGAAGUGCUUUAUCUUUAUUUGACUUCAUACCAAUAGUUCGCUUAGUCAGCAACUGCAUCCCAAACACGAAGAUCUGCAUUUUGAACGACGUGGUGAAAAACUUUGUACAAGCUAUCAGGGCGGAAGUGAAGAAACGAGAAGAUAACAUGGAAAAUUAUCUUGAUAGAGAUUUCAUCGACGGUUACCUGCGAAAGAUAGAGGAAAACAAGGCUACUAAUUCUCAUUUUAAUUUGAACCAUUUGGAAGGAAAUGCAAUCAACCUGUACGGUGCAGCCACCAACACGGUGCGGACGACCAUUCUGUGGACCUUGUACAUAGCCGCUAGUGACCCGGAUGGUAUGCAGGCUCGAGUGCAGCGAGAGAUAGAUGCCGUGAUCGGCCGCAACAAGCCAAUUGAAUGGGAAGACAGGCGUCGCCUACCUUACACUAUGGCGGCUGUCCUGGAGACGCUACGGUGGAGGACAACGGCACCUAUCGGCGUACACAGGAUCCUCGGCAGUGCAUUUUUUGGAAGGUCACACGCGCUAAUAACAGCCCAUCAUAGCGGCACCCAGAACGCCUUGAUGAACCAUUUGGAAGGAAAUGCAAUCAACCUGUACGGUGCAGCCACCAACACGGUGCGGACUACCAUUUUGUGGACAUUGUACAUAGCCGCUAGUGACCCGGAUGGUAUGCAGGCUCGAGUUCAGCGAGAGAUUGAUGCCGUGAUCGGCCGCAACAAGCCAAUUGAAUGGGAGGACAGGCGUCGCCUACCUUACACUAUGGCGGCUGUCCUGGAGACGCUACGGUGGAGGACAACGGCGCCCAUGGGCGUACACAGGAUUGCCAUGAGUGACACCGAAAUUUGUGGAUACCACGUGCCUGCCGGAACCUUUGUGAUAGCCAACCUGUGGUGCUUGCACAAUGACCCCACUUACUGGUGCAACCCACUUCAGUACGACCCGACACGAUUUCUCAACUCUGACGGCACGGAGCUAGCUGAGAAGCCGCUGGCUUUCCUACCUUUCAGUGUAGGUAGACGUGCAUGCCCCGGUGAGACGCUAGGUCUGAUGGAAGUGUUCCUGUACGUAGCGACGUUGCUUCAGCACUUUCGGGUGCUUCCAGAAGAUGUCGCUGUGAUUUCCCUCGAAGCCAACAAUGCUGCCAUUUCUGUGGCCAAUGACACGCAGAAACUGCGCUUUGUACGACGAUGA